GACAGUCGGUCGGUGAUCGAGUGGCCCAGGUUACUUACCCUCAUCAUGAAGAGCCUUUUUGCUACCAUGUUGGGCUACUUGCUCCUUGGGUUGGUGCUGUCUCAUGCCAGCUUUGCAACUGCCACAAAUGGAGUUAUUCCAGCAGUGAUUCCGGCAGUGCCCGCUACUGUUCCUCGCCUGGUUCCCGUGGCCACCAGCCAUCAGUUUGUCACUCGAAACUGGAAUCGAGUUUUCGUGCCCCCCGCCACGGUGGCCACUUAUCCCAACACCUAUGUUAAGUACAGCGGUGGCUAUCCGGCGUAUCCCGCCUACAAUUACCCAUACGCCACCACCUAUCCGUACACCUAUCCCUACUACUAUCCCACUUAUAACGUUGGAUAUGGUUACAAGGGUGUCUGGUGAUCUGCAACGGACAUAGCCUACCUUUAAUACAUUGUGAUAACACUCGAUACCAAAUGAUAUUAUAUUAUGAUAUAUAUGACAAAUUUAAUCAAAAACUUAUUUCAUAUUAGAUUCAUACAACAAAUUGUAUAAAAUAUAUAUAUAUAUAUAUAGAGAGACAAUCUCGAUAUUAUAAAUAAAUGUUUCUUUGUCCAUUUAUUGAACAUGCUCAUUCAAUUCGAUUAUUUGUUAUUAAGGAAUAUCACACCUGUAUACACUGUACUUGGCACGUCGCCAAAAAAGCAACAGUUUAGCCAUAUACCGACUUAAUAGUGACACAAUGAUUGUGGUUAACCAACUUGUACUUUUAUUUUUGAAUAACACGACAAAAUAAGGAACAAUUUCAAUGCUUUCUAAAAGAAAAAUGGUGCUGCCACUGCAGGAGCAAGGAAACGAGUUGGCUGAAUGAGUCGGGCGCCAGUUGCAGGGAAUGGAGCAGUAGCCAGGAUGCGGGCAGGAGCAGUCGGAGCAAAGGCGGCAUUAAACUGGUUAAAGUAGUCCAAGCGCUGGCUGCUGGAUACGGCCAGGGGAGAUGCACCCAAAGGAUUAACCAAAGGAGCGCCAGCAAAGGGACCAGCAGCAUAGGCGCCAGCAAAAGGUCCACCUGAUCCUGGAUAGAGUCCGAAAGUAGAGGCCGAAGGAAACAGUGCUGGAUCCACAGCUGGCUUGGCUGCCACACUGGCCAGCAGUCCCAGGGAUACGAGAAUCAACUGAAAACAGAAAAGAGCCAAAUCUUACAAAAUCCUUGCCAAAGAAUUUGCUUACCAUUUGCUGCAUUUCAAAAGAGAUUGCUGCUGCCACAAGAUCCAAAAACUGAAUAUGCAUUGGCUUGGAUCGACUCAAAGGUUUUAUAGUUAUUGUGGGCGUAGAAGACCACAGCUGGCCUGGCUAAUUGGCGCUCCAAAUUGUCAAACACUUGGCUCCAAAAGCGGCCUAAAUGGCAGGUGCUGGCAGAGCAGCCAACCGCCACCCAUUUGCAUACGAUCCGAU